ACCACUCACUAAAUUGUUUGCUGGUCACGUCAACUCCGUGCAGCAUAUAUUCCUUAUAAUCCCGAAACGAUAUUGCCUUCCACUCAAUUACGAUGCAAUCGAGAGUGAUCAAAACCCCCACACAAUAUAGCAUCAUGAUUUCACCUGACGUCAAAUGGACUUUGUCAAAGAAACGCAUAAUCGUUUUUUGCGCCCAAGAUUGGAUUGUAUUGGUUAGCAUCCGAUGUAGAAGUUUUGCUCAAAUUAGACUGUAGCAUCUUGUUUGUGUAGUAUCAGUACAAUACUAUAAUUUAGGUUUUCUUGCUGAUCGGAUUCCGUGUAACUUCUGGUUCUUGAUCCUUAUGUGAAUGAAAUUGUGCCGAAACAUUAUUGUUUUUGUUUGUCUCGUAGCAUUGAACAAUGCACUGAAAGAAGAAAUUCAGCAUCUGAAAGUUAUGACUGGCCAAGCUAUGCCAAAUGGUGGACCUAUGAUGAACUACGCUUCUUUUGGCGCGGCGGGUCAGCAGCAGUUCUAUCCAAACAAUCAAGCAAUGCACACUCUUCUAACUGCACAGCAGUUUCAACAGCUCCAGAUUCAUUCUCAGAAGCAGCAGCACCAGUUUCAGCAGCAUCAGCUCCAUCAACUCCAGCAGCAACAGAUGCAGCAGCAUCAUCAGCAACAGCAACAGCAGCAGCAACAACAAAGUGGGGAGUUGAAAAUAGGAGAAUCCGUGCCUCCGCCAAGCCAGAAAUAUAAUACAUCAGAGGUCAACCAAUCUGUAACGAAGGAUUGAAAUGUUAUCGGGUCUGCCAAAAAUUAAAGACGGAUGUGAGGCAUUGUUCAAUAAUUGUAGUUGCACAGCCGCCUCCAGUUAGGGUACUUACCCUCCCUUCCCUUCCUCCCCCUCCUCCUCCUCCCCCUUCUGUUUUUGAGUCUGGUUAGAUACACCUAGAUGACACCUUUGUUUGUAGCCUGUUCUGUACAUAUCGUUUUAGUUGUAGAUCGAAUGAUGGGGUUAAUUUUCUGUCGAGUACCGUAUGGUUGUAGCACCUUGUGAUUUGUGUUUUGUUACUGGUAAUUAUGGUGGAUUUAGAUUAUGAAAA